UCUAUUUAGCCAGUCAACUUUAUGCCGCUUUACCAGUUGCAAGUGAAGUCGUACCAGAGUGUAUGUAAAUUACACCCCCACGAUAAAACCGUGGAUGAAACCUAAUUGACACUCGACCUUGGCGUAAUGGGUAUUACUUUGCUUCCUCGUGAAGAUCUGUCGGCGAAAAUGUUACCCAGCAUAUUUUCUAAAUUAGUUUGAUUGAGUGAGGAAAUUUACCCAUAGUCAGUUGUGAACGCUUCAAGUGUUUAAAUAGUUUGAAAAGUGCUUGAUUUAAUGGUGCUUCGGAUCCUAGAAUUGAGACGAUAAUAUUGCUUCUACGAUCUGCUGUGAUAAAAUUAUAAUUUUAACAAUGUCAUCUAUUAUUCCCACUUUUGCAACCCCCACCCCCGCCGUUUGUGUGAGCAAUGGGGUCAAAAGGUUGGGAAGAAAUAAUGUCGUUUUGCAAAAUAUCAAUAUGUCAGUUCCUGCAGGAGUCACGUAUGCUUUACUAGGAUCUUCAGGUUGUGGAAAAACUACACUGCUGUCAAGCAUUGUGGGUCUUCGAAAGCUGGACUCUGGCAGCGUCCAUAUUUUUGGUCACAAUGCAACCAAAUCAGACCAAAGCUUGAUCGGUUAUAUGCCACAGGAGACUGGGCUCCAUUUAGAACUUACAAUUGAAGAAGAGCUUCACUUUUUUGGACGACUUCAUGAUCUAGAUUCCUCAGUAAUUAACGAACGGAUAGAAUUUUUUGUAAAUCUUCUUCAGCUCCCUAAACCGCUGAGUGUUAUUGGAAAUCUUAGUGGUGGAGAGAUGCGGAGAGUUAGUUUAGCUAUCGCUUUGCUUCAUAAACCAAAACUGAUGAUUUUAGAUGAACCAACUGUUGGCGUGUGUCCACUUUUAAGACAAAGCAUUUGGGACUUUUUGUACAAGCUGGUAAAACAUGACGGGGUUACAGUUGUGGUUUCAACGCAUUACACACAGGAAGCUUCUCAAGCUGACCUUGUCAGCGUCAUGCGGCAUGGGAAGCUCUUGGUCGAGGAACAUCCCCAAGCUCUGAUGGAACAGUAUGAAAUGCAUAUUUUAGACAAUGUCAUUCUUCAAUUGUGCCGAGCCCAAGAAGAUGAGAAACCUGGAGUAAGUUUCUGCAAGGAAACUGGGAACAUUCUGAGUGUUUCUUAUAAGCGAAGAAAUAGCGGAGAUCACCAUCAAUUAUCCAAAGUUAUAACCCAGCCAGCGAACAGCCAAGACAAUUUUCAAAAGAAUAACUGGAGCUUGAGGCGUCACUUGAAAAUCGUUUAUGCACUAUUUAUCCUACAGUUUACAACAUUAAUUCGACGCCCAAUAAUCCUUUCCUGUAUGAUACUUGUGCCGGCUAGUGAGGUAUUCUUCGUUUGGGGAAUUUUUAUUGGAACUCCAAUUUCAAAUUUAGGGGUGAUAAACGAAGAGCAGCCUAAUUGCUUUAUGCUUCCUUUGAAUGAACAUAAGAUUGGAUGUGAAUUUCUAACUUUGUUGAAACAAGGUGAUCGACUAAACCUGGAAAUAUAUGCCUCUGAAGAAUCUGCUCUGGCUAGUUUGAAAUUGGGGAAAACGCACGGCUAUUUAGUAAUUCCGAAAAAUUUUUCAAUCCAUACGGUUGAUCGUGUCGCUUUUGGGAAAUUUGCUGAUGGAGAUACUCUGGCUGGUUCGUCCAUCCCCAUUUAUAUCGAUUACUCGAAUUUUUUGAGGAAUGAGUUUCUUGUCAAUGAUCUAUACGACGGGUUUUUUAACUUGGUGAAAAAGAAAGUUAAUCAAACUUUAGAAAACGGGGGAGCUGAUGGUCUAUCAAUAACCACCAAUACUGGUUUGACCCCGUUUAAAACAAACGAAAAACUGAGAAAGUUAUCUCACGUUGUGGAAACGACUUGGGCAGAUCAAUCUGUAUCAACAUGUCUCACAUCAUUCAUCAUGAUUCUACCCGCAAUUGUUGGAGUGACGUUGGUGUGGGAUAAAAAGAGGGGCGUCUUCUCUAGAACAAUUGUCUGUGGGGGGAGUCUUCCCCAUUUCAUGAUGUCUGCCUGGUCCACAUAUACCAUCCUUUUCGUUGCUCAAGUGAUUGGAAGUUUUUUGGUGUUGCAUUUUUUAAAAACGCCAUUUAUUGGAUCAGUUGCGGAUGCUGUGGUCAUUGUCUAUGGCCAGGCCAUGGUUGGUUUGUCGUUUGGACUUCUUGUGGGUACCGUUUUCACCCAGGAGUUGGAAGUGAUAUUUUGUAUUAUGUCGCUAUAUAUGAUUGCUAGUACCACUCAAGGAGGUGUCACUGAUUUGGCCGGUAUAACUUCUAAGUGGGUGCGAUGGUACGUGUUUUCUCUUCCCAUCAAGCUUCCAACUACGGCCGUGCAGAAUAUUAUGUUCAGAGGAUGGUCCCUGGGUCAUCCGGGAGCAUGGUCUUGCUUUUUUGUUCAAGGAGUCUGGAUACUGGCGUCCUUCUUGCUUACAAUUGUUGCCUAUAACACUCGCAACUUUUAAUUGCAGAUUUUUUAAAGUUUGUAUAGAUUUUUAUAUAUUUACAAUUUACAUACAUACAUCUUUUACUCAAAUACGUAUAAAUGUAUACUAAUUUCGGAGUUGGUCAAAUACAAAUCCGUAGAUCAAA